UCACUGAUGACUGCCGAACAUCCAGGAAUAAGAUACCUGUUUGAUGUGUUGGUUUUCUUGCUAUAUUGGAGUAUCUGUCGUACUUAAAUGGGAUGAUGCCAAUGAAGAUCUCAAUUUCCAAGUUUUGGUAAGGACAUAUUAGACUUUUGAAUUAAACUUCAAAAUCAAACUUGCACGCAAUAUCAUCAUCCUCAACCAAUCAAUUAAGUUACUGCUCGAGUAAUUUAAGGAGCAUUUGUUUCCCUCUGUGGACCAAAACAAGCAUCUGAGUUUCUUAAAAUUUAAGAAAGACAUCCUUCAUUUGUGGGAUCGCAAGAUGAGGAGAGCUUCAGCAAGCGAUAGUUUUCAUGAUCCAUGAAUCUUUUUUUAUCAGCGAAGUUCAGAGCCCCCGUCCUUUCCUUCACAGUUCAUGUCAUCAGUCUGUCGUUUGUCCUGUAAGAGUAUUCCCAAAACAGCACUUGAAUAGCUGAAGACGAAACAGUUUUACAGUAUGACCCGAAGAUGAUUGCACCGGUAGAGCCCUGUGCGCAACCCCCAUUCAAUGUUCUAUACCGUGAAGCAGACGGUUAGCGGAUCAUCUAUCGCUUUCCACGUCAGAAUACAUAAAGGAAAACAAAGUGAAAAGGAAGAAGACGACCACAACGAAGGGCGGCGUCUUUACGCCAUCUAAUUCAGCUUCUUCCCGGCACAAGCCAUGGCGGGAGACGAAGACAGCGACUCCCCUCUGCUCCCGGAGCUUCAGAAGGAACCAGGGCAGGAUGAGCGCGGGAAGAAGAGGACAGGAACUCUCUGGACGGCCAUCGCUCACAUAAUAACGGCAGUGAUCGGGGCCGGAGUUCUGUCCUUGGCGUGGAGCAUUGCUCAGUUGGGUUGGGUCGCAGGUCCCGUCGCCAUGCUGCUGUUCGCGGCCGUCACUCUGUUCCAGUCGUCGCUGCUCGCCGAUUGCUACAGGUCGCCGGAUCCUGAGCACGGAGAAUUCAGGAACCAUCACUACAUGGACGCUGUCCGGCAUUUCUUGGGUGAGAGAAGUUAUUGGGUCUGCGGGUUCAUUCAGCAACUGUGCUUGUUUGGUGCAGGAUUAACCUACACCAUCACUUCGGCUACAAGCAUGAGGGCCAUCCAGAAAUCAGACUGCUACCAUAGAGAAGGACACAGUGCUCCAUGCUCAUACGGAGAUACCUUCUACGCGCUGCUGUUUGGUGUUGUUCAGAUAGUUUUCUCCCAGAUUCCAGACUUCCAUGAAAUGGCAUGGCUCUCUGCUCUCGCCGCCGCCAUGUCCUUUUCCUACUCCACCAUCGGACUUGGCCUUGGCCUUGCCAAAGUGAUCGGAAAUGGAACCGUAAGAGGAGGAAUCGGAGGCAUCUCCAUGGCUACCACUUCUCAGAAAGUUUGGCGUAUUUCUCAGGCACUCGGAGACAUCGCUUACGCGUAUCCAUACUCGAUUAUUCUCUUCGACAUCGAGAGAACAUUAAACUCCCAAGGACACUCUGAGAUCGCCGCCGCCGGAGAACCAAACGAUGAAGAGAGCAAACACCAUCUCCAUCCUCAUCACCACCAUCUUCUACCUCUGCUGCGGUUGCUUCGGCUACGCUGCCUUCGGCGAAGACACUCCAGGGAACCUCUUGACAGGGUUCGGCUUCUUCGAACCAUACUGGCUCAUCGACUUCGCGAACGCCUGCAUUGUGGUUCACUUAGUCGGAGGUUAUCAGGUUUACAGCCAGCCAGUGUUCUCCAUGGCCGACAAAUGGGCUGCCGGGAAGUUCCCCGACAGUGCAUUCGUGAACAAGUUCUACAACCUUCGACCGCUGCCGCUGUUGCCGCCCGUCAGUUUGACUCUGUUCCGGCUGUGUUUCAGGACAGCGUAUGUUGCAGCCGCCACAGGGCUUGCCAUGCUCUUCCCUUACUUCAACCAGGUGCUGGGAGUCAUGGGGGCCUCCUUCUUCUGGCCUAUUGCCGUUUACUUCCCUGUGGAGAUGUUCCUCGUGCAGAAAAAGAUCAGAACUUGGAGCAGAGAGUGGCUGCUGCUUCAGAGUUUCAGUGUCGUGUGCUUGUUACUCAGCAUAUUUGCCUUGGUUGGAUCAUUUGAAGGACUCAUAAGUGAAAAGCUAAAGCUAAUUAAGUAGCAAAUACUUCAUAUUGAUUCAUAGCAAUAACAUUGGGAAGGAGAUUCAAAUUCCA